ACAUUAAAUAUUUGUAUGGUACAUAGUUAUUAAAAUAAUAAUUCACCAAACUUAUAAGUUAUAAUUUUUUUAUUUCCAGACUAGUAAUUUGUGUGUUUAAUACUGCUAGCUACUAGUGUAUAAUUCAUGCUAAUUUUAUCUUCAUUAAUAAUUUAUGAUUAUUUUUCCUUUCAGAAAGAAUAAUUAAAUUAUUACUAUUUUUGUCCUAAUAUCUUUCGAGGAGCUUUUAACGGUUUUAUCAAAUCUAAUAACUCUUUCCAGAUUCCAUUGUAAACUUUUCCCGACCGGACUUUGAACUUUCCCCACUGGAGACAGCGAAAGGAACCGUGUCCACCUUCGGUUCCUCUCUGCCUCUCUCUCUAAUUUUAUUCCUUUCUUUCCCAUCUUCUCUCUUCGCCUUUAGAUCUCUUCUUUCCACAAAAACUAUCUUCUCGGGUUGGGGUUUUCCCGAUCCGGGUUCGGAUCUGAUUCUCUUAAGCAAGCAACGAAUCUCUCGAGUCUCCUUUUGUGUUACCUUUCAGGGAAAGUCUAGAAUAGUUUCCAAGAAGAAUUAAAAAAAAAGAGUCCUUUUACUUCUCUGUAGCUGAUUAGCUUCAAUCAUCUUUGAUCUGGGUAUAGUAAAAAAAAAAAAACUUUCCUUUUUGGGUAAAUUGUUUCUGGGCUUGAGUAACAACUUCAUAGGCUUUAGUUGAAUGAUUUAAUUGUCUUGCAUCUGUUAAAAGUUGUCGACUUUAGGCAUUUUGGGGAUUUUGCUUAGGGUUAGUUUACUUCUGUGUUUGUCUGUUGAUGAUGUCGAUGGGUUUUAUCUUUGUGAAAGAUUGAGUCUUUUGUUUUGUUAUAUCCAAUCAAUCUCCUGAGAGAGAUAAUGGCAAGCAUUGAUAUCACCAAGUAUGGUCAUAGCCCCGUUCACCACGCUGUCGUCACAAGAGACUACGCAAGUCUCAAGAAACUACUCUCCGCUCUUCCCAAAAUGCGUGACCCUUCCGAGGUCAAAAACGAAGCAGCUUCCGCGUCCGAAGAGACGAAAGCCGACUCCAUCGCAUCCGUUAUAGACAGACGCGACGUCGUUAACCGAGACACGGCUCUUCAUCUAGCCGUCAAGCUCGGAGACGAGACCUCAGCUGAGAUGCUCAUGUCCUCCGGAGCCGACUGGAGCCUUCAGAACGAGCAAGGGUGGAGCGCUCUGCAGGAAGCUAUCUGCGGCAGAGAGGAGAGGAUCGCUAUGAUCAUCGUGAGGCAUUAUCAGCCUCUCGCUUGGGCUAAAUGGUGCAGGAGGUUGCCUAGGCUCGUGGCCACGAUGCAUAGGAUGAGAGACUUCUACAUGGAGAUCACUUUCCAUUUCGAGAGCUCGGUGAUACCUUUUAUCUCCAGAGUGGCUCCCUCUGAUACUUACAAGAUAUGGAAGAGAGGUGCGAAUCUCAGAGCUGACAUGACGUUGGCUGGCUUCGACGGUUUCAGGAUCCAGAGAUCUGAUCAGACUAUACUCUUCCUCGGAGAUGGAUCGGAGGAUGGUAAAGUUCCAUCCGGUUCUCUCCUUAUGAUAUCGCAUAAAGAUAAGGAGAUUAUGAAUGCGUUGGACGGUGCUGGCGCUCCGGCUACGGAGGAAGAAGUGCGUCAAGAAGUGGCUGCUAUGUCGAAAACGAGCAUAUUCAGACCGGGGAUCGAUGUGACUCAAGCGGUUCUGUUCCCGCAGCUGACGUGGAGGCGUCAGGAGAGGAGCGAGAUGGUUGGGAAGUGGAAGGCUAAAGUGUACGAUAUGCACAAUGUGGUUGUGAGUAUAAAGUCUAGGAGAGUUCCCGGCGCGAUGACCGAUGAGGAGCUUUUCUCGAAGGGUGAUCGAGAGAACGAAGCUGAGAGCGGGGAGGAUCUUGGAGAUGUGUUGACGGAAGAUGAGAGGAAGCAGCUUGAGUUAGCGCUCAAGCUGGAUGGUGAUUCUCCGGAGGAAUCUUCUAAUAAUAAUAGCUGUUCUUUCGAGGAGAGGGAGGUGCCGGUGACGGAUGGGAACAACAACGGGUAUUGUAAACAGGAGAAGAAAGGUUGGUUUAGCGGGUGGAGGAAACGUGAGGAAGUAGGAGAGAAACGAAGCAGCGUUCCUCCGAGGAGUUCGCUUUGUGUUGAUGAGAAAGUAAGUGAUCUUCUUGGGGAGGAUGAUGAUGAUUGUCCAUCUGGUACUGGAGGAAGAGAGAUUAAACCGGGGAGACACUCAACAGUUGAGACUAUUAAGAGAGAUGAUUCAUCAUCAAAAGCUUCAACAUCGGAAGGCAGUGGAAGUAGUAAGCGAAAGGAAGGUGGAAGCAAAGAGAACGAGUACAAGAAAGGGCUUAGACCAAUUCUUUGGCUCUCUGAGAGGUUCCCAUUGCAGACAAAGGAGCUUCUUCCGUUGCUUGAUAUCCUUGCAAACAAAGUCAAAGCAGUUCGGCGUUUAAGGGAGCUUAUGACCACGAAACUACCAUCCGGAACAUUCCCUGUCAAGGUUGCUAUUCCGGUGAUCCCUACGAUUAGAGUACUCGUUACAUUCACAAAGUUUGAAGAGCUAGAAGCUAUUGAAGAUGAGUUUGUAACGCCACCAUCUACCCCUAGUUCUCCGGUGAAAAACAGUCCUAGAGAGGAACCACCACAGGCCUCAUCAAGCUCAUCAUCCUCAUCAUGGUAUCAAUGGAUGAAAACACCGAGCCAACGUCCAUCAACAAGCUCGGGAGGGUUUAGUAAUGGUAAAGGCGAAAACGAUCAAGACCCGUUUGCAAUUCCUAGGGGAUACAAUUGGAUCACAUCUGAAGAGAAGAAAAAGAAGGUACAAGAGAAGAACAAAGCUAAGAAGGGGAAGUCAUCUCAGAACAGCUGAAAGAAACACCAAGUAAGAAAGGGAUCUUUCUGAAAACAUUGAUAUAGGAAAAAAAUCUAGCAGAUUAUAAUAUAGUUGGGGGGAGGGGGGAAAUAGAGAAAUGAUGUGGAUGAUGAUUAAUGUUGUUGUUGUUGUGACUUUAUAUUUCCUUAUGAUGAUUCUUUCUUUUGUAGUUUGGUUUUUAAUCAUUGGAGAUGAUUAUUUAACUCUGUAUCAUCAUCAUCUUGAAAUAAGCUGAAGUUGUUGGUA